AUGUCUAAGUCAUUACCUAUAAUAACGAUUAAUAAUAAUAAUGUUGAUACCACUAGUACACAAUCAAAGCCACCUUCAAAGGCUCGUCAUAUUGCAAAAUACCCUGGUAAAAAGAAGAGAUCUGAACGAAAAAUAACGGCCAGACUACCCAGAUUACCAAGACAACUUAAUAGUGGUGGAUCUAGUGCAGAUGAAUACGAUAUUACACUACAUAAUGAUAUGAUGAAUCAAAAUCAAAACAUACCGAUAUAUCUUUCGCCAGCGGAGUCUUCUUCAUCUACCCCUUCAACCUUAACAUCAAAACCUCGAUAUUUUCUAUUAAAUAAUAAUAACGCAUCAAUGCCGGAUCUUUCAACAAAAUCAUCAACGCAAAGUAGCAAAAAUUAUGGCAGUAUCAAUUCUUUUGGACGUUUAAAAAAAUUACAAUCAAGAAAAUCAAGGACUAGAAAUUUAACGACACAACUAAAAAACGGUAAUAAUAAUAAUGACGGAUAUUUUAGUGAAGACAGUAUUUUAUUAUCACCACCCGUAUCUGUGGUUAAUAAAUUUAAGUUUCCCUCUUCAAAAACAAUAUCAACAAGAACAUUAUCAUCAUCUGCUAAACCUUCUACCAAAAGUGUUGUUACUAAUGCGUCAACCCCAAUGAUAUUUCGUAGAAGGCGUAAACUCAAUAAUUCAUUAAAAAAGAAGAAACAAAAAUCUUUUAAUAUAAAAUCACCUUCAUUUUUAGCAUUUUAUCUACAAUCGUCAUCAAAUAAUAAAUCAAAUUUACAAUCAUUUCCUUAUGAACAAAUGACUAGUAUAAUACCAAAAUCUCCUUCUUUAUCUUCUAAUGCUUUCGAUGAUAGACUUUCUAUACAAAUGAAUUUGGAAAGUGUUCAAAAAUUUAUUGAUUUACCAUUAAUUUUUGUUUUUGAAAAUUUAACGAUAAAGAAUGAUAUUAAUGAUUUUUUACUUUUAAAAAUCGAAAACUUUAUUCUAUACUAUCAUAUCAUUGAUGAUAAUAACGAUAAAGAAGAUCAAACUUGGUGUAUAGAACGUUUCGGAUGUGGUAGCAAUGAUGAAGGUUUUAAUGAUAUUGAAGGAGAAAAAGAAAUUUUUGAUGGAGAAAGAGUAGUGAAUAAAAAUAAAAAAGAUUUAAAAUUAUUUAAAGAUGAUGUGUUUGAUAGGUUUAAAGGUGUUGAAUAUAAAGAACUUUGUUCUGUUGAUGAAAUAUUGUUUGAAGACGAUAUACAUCUGUUAACAAGGAAUGAAUCUGGUUAG